GAAAUAGACAAAGGAAUUUCUCCCCAAAACGUUUUCAUUAUUGGACUUUCUCAAGGCGGAUCAUUAGCCUUGGCUAUUGCUAUGUCUUCUAAAUAUGAACUAGGAGGUUUCAUAAGUCUAGCGGGCUUUAUCCCUUACCCGAAGGUUCUGAAAGCAAUUGAGAGAGGAAACAAUAAAACUGUUCCUAUUUUUAUGGGUCAUGGUAGCGAAGACAAAAUAGUCCCCUAUGAAGUGGCUCAAAAAUCUUUCCAAACCUUGUGA